GAAACCCUAAACUCAGUACGUUGAUAUAAAAGGAAAACCCUAACUCAAAUCUCUGAUUCUCAGUCGAACGAGGAGAAGAAGAUUUAGGCCUCCACAGCAUCAAGGCUAACCCUAACCACCACCAGAGCUUCUCUCUCUCUCUCUGCCGCCAUGGGUAAGACACGUGGUACCGUAGCUGGGCGCAAGCUGAAGAGCCACCGUAUCAAGCAAAGGUGGGCUGACAAAUCUUACAAGAAGUCUCACCUUGGUAACGAAUGGAAGAAGCCAUUUGCCGGUUCUUCCCACGCAAAGGGCAUUGUCCUCGAGAAGAUCGGUAUUGAGGCAAAACAGCCUAACUCUGCUAUCAGAAAGUGUGCCAGAGUUCAACUUAUUAAAAACGGAAAGAAGAUUGCUGCUUUCGUCCCCAACGAUGGUUGCUUAAACUACAUUGAAGAGAAUGACGAGGUUUUGAUUGCUGGAUUCGGUAGAAAGGGUCAUGCUGUGGGAGAUAUUCCCGGAGUUAGGUUCAAGGUUGUGAAAGUUUCCGGUGUGUCUCUCUUGGCUCUUUUCAAGGAGAAGAAGGAGAAGCCCAGAUCUUAAGCUAUCAUCAUGCAUGCAUGAAUGUUUUUUUUCACCCUAAAAUUGUUGCUGUUUCUUUUUAGUGUUAUAUGAAGAAUUUUGAGUACAAUUUUUGAUAUUUGGAUGUUGGGUUGAAUUCACUAGUAGUUAUUGUCACCCUUCUUUUGACUCUUAUUUAUUUAGCUACUCUGUUUCUGA